AUCAAUUCGAAGGACGCAUAAGAGAAAGCAGCCAGAGCUUGCUUGGGUUGGGUGUCAAGUACCUUUUCAACCCAAGACCUACUGCCAAGGGAAAGAAUUUCGACCUCCCAGUCACCAUGAGCUCCGAUUACGAUUAUUUGUUCAAGCUUCUUUUAAUCGGGGACUCGUCUGUCGGAAAAUCCUGUCUCCUUCUCAGAUUCGCGGAUGAUUCGUAUGUGGACAGUUAUAUCAGCACCAUUGGAGUUGAUUUUAAAAUAAGGACGGUGGAGCUCGAUGGGAAGACUAUCAAACUCCAAAUUUGGGACACUGCCGGUCAAGAGCGGUUCCGGACUAUUACUAGCAGUUACUAUCGUGGUGCUCAUGGAAUCAUUAUUGUGUAUGAUGUCACUGAGAUGGAGAGCUUCAACAAUGUCAAGCAGUGGCUUAAUGAGAUUGAUAGAUAUGCCAAUGACAGUGUUUGCAAGCUUUUGGUCGGGAACAAAUGCGAUCUAGUUGAGGAGAAGGUCGUGGACACACAAACAGCUAAGGCAUUUGCCGACGAGCAAGGGAUUCCCUUCCUCGAGACUAGUGCAAAAGACGCAAUCAAUGUGGAGCAAGCUUUCUUGACUAUGGCUGGUGAGAUCAAGAAAAAGAUGGGUAACCAGCCAACGUCAAACAGGAGCUCAGGCAGCACAGUUCAGAUUAAGGGACAGCCCAUCGAGCAGAAGAGUAACUGCUGCAGUUAGGUCAGCAUGUUUAUGUCUACUAUUUAGCAGAAUUGUAAAAAAAGAUAGCAAAUUGCAUCUACCGGAAUAUCUUUUCGGUGUUCCCUAACUUGAUAUUCCUGUCGGCCCUUAAUGUUGUUAACUUGUGCACUACUGCAUCCUGCGCCUUUGUGCAUGUUUCGUAGAAACCUAUCUUUUAUCUUA